AUGGAGUCAGAUUACAACCAAGAUCUCCCUGAUGAUAUUUUGGAAAAGCUUAGAAACCUCGAGCUCGAGUUGGAGGAUGGAGACAUCACCUUGAAAGGAUUCGAAAAAAAGAAGGCCAGCCUACUAGCAGACAUUUCAAAUCCUAGUUCACCUGUUUCGCCUACAAAUCAGAAAAGUGAAGCUGAGUUAUUGGCAGAAUUAGGCCCUGAGCCAAGUGCAGCUGAUGUAGUGGAUUUUUUGGACUUCUUGCCAUCUCCCACGCACUCUCCUACGCGUACGGUAGAGGCUGUGAACCACAUGGAGGAGAAUCAUCGUCAAAUGCAGCAACAGCAGCAAGUACAAUCUCAGCCCUAUCCAACAUUGCCCCCACAACAACAGUAUCAACCAUCACCUCAAUUACAACAGCAGCAGCAACAAUACAUCUCUCCUCAGCAGCAACAGCAAAUGAGACCUAUGCAACCUCAAUAUAGACCUUAUCCUCCAGGUGGAGCUGGGCGUGGUAAUAAUGCUGGACCUUAUUAUGGGAAUGCAAACAUGGGAUCUCCGCUUCCAAACAAUAGACCUUACAUGAUUCGUAACAACUAUCCUCAACCACCACCACCACAAUCCCAGAUGGGACGUCCGAUGGGUCCUCCUGGUCCUAAUCCAUACUAUGGCCAGAGACCUCCCUCCUCAAUUCCUCCCCAAAAUGUCAUGUACAGACCUCAACAACAGUCAUACAACUCGAAUCAGCCAAGACCUCAGAUAACCACUUCUCCUAGACCAAUCUAUAGACCUCAACCUCGGCCCAAUGGCGGAUAUAGACCUCAGCAACCUCAAUAUAUGCAGUCGAAUGGUCAACCACCACUACAACAGCAACAGCCGCCACAGCAAUCACAACAGCAUGGUAAUUAUUAUAGUAGUGGUAGUCCGGGUGGUGGAGGCAGUGGUGUUGGCAUCAAUCGAUCGCUAUCUGCCAAUACUGGUACGAAUAGUAUGAACAAUAACAAUAUGGGAAAGCAAUACGAUCAGCAACAAAGACAGUAUCUGUCAAUGCAUUCCACCAGAAAUGAUUCUAUGGAAUGGAAUCGUCAAUAA